GGACGAAUACGUACUCAGCAGGAAGACUCUAAUGAAAGGUAUGCAUGCAUCCUUCAUUGGGGUUCAGCAUGACGAGCAGCGAAUUCGUAAUUCACCAAAGCUGAAGUUAUGCUUGAGGGGUUUUUUACUCACCAGUGUCAGUGUGUCCCUGGGUGAAAACUCUAUUUUAGGACUAUAUAUGAUUGCUUUAUCUUUUCGACAUCCUCUCAUUUACAUUUUCCCAAAUUUUGGGUCAUGUCGUCCUAUACCCCACAGACAGACUUGCCGCUUGAACGCUCUCGUCUCAUUGGAAUGAUUUUGGGGGGUGUAUCCUACGGUGUAUACCUUCUUCUGACUGUACAAGCAGUGAUUGCUCUCAUGCAACGUCCUCGACAUGGGCAGAAGAUUGCAAAUAAUCGUCGCACGCUUCUUUGUUACACCCUCAUCACGUUCACGCUUUCGACGAUAAGUUUUGCUUGCAAUACAAAAUACACGGUGAUGAUUUGGAUAGACCUUCGCGAUGCACCUGGUGGUCCUGUUGCGCUGAUUGAGAACGCAAUGAAUUAUCGUAUCAACUUUGUAGCGAUAUUCUGUGGUUAUCUCACGGAGUGGCUUGUGCAAGCACUGCUCCUUCACCGAUGUUUUGUGGUAUGGGAUGGGUCGAGACGCGAGAUGAUUCCCAUGUUCGCCCUCUAUAUUGGCAUGAUUGCAACAGCCAUCGUCGUCUUUGUCCAGGCAGCUACCGGGGCUCUAUUUUACAAUCUCGACGCCGCACUUGCAUACCCCGCCUUCCUAAUGGCAAACACUAUGUUUUAUACCAUUCUCGUGGCGACACGUUUGUUCGCCAUGCGAAGCCGGAUGAAGAACGCGUUGGCUGAAUUUGAUUCUAGCAUCUAUGAUACCAUCAUCCGCAUGAUCAUUGAGUCCACCAUGGCAUACACUGUCUUCGUCUUCAUCUACAUAGUUGCAUUUGCUAUUCAUGCAGACACACUAUCCACAUUAUGCUUCUUGUCUAUUAACCAAGUUCAAGGCAUUACGCAGUUGUUCAUCAUCAUCCGUGUGGCACGGGGGAAGGCAGUUACACACGAGUGGUCGACCCGAAAUGCUCCACCAGUGACGGCUCUAGCGUUCGCAGUGACUCCAUCCAUCGCAGCAGAAGGAAUUGACGUGACGCAAGCAGCUAGUCCAAGUGUCAGGGAGUCGUGUCCUGUGUCGGCGAAGUUGGCGGAAGCAAAUGUAUAAGCUAUAUACUUCAUCUUGAUUUAUUCCGAGUCAUCAAGUUUAUCUUCGUCUGCUUACAACCUCUCUGUAAUCUUAUAAACAUUCUCUUAUUUUCAUGUUUUCAGUCCAUCACUACUUUAAUAUGAUAUACAG